CCAUUCCAGAAAGAAGUUUAGCCUCAAAAGAAACCUGCGAAUGCAUUAAAAAAGGUAUACUGAAAAAAUCUGCAAGAGUUAGUACUUCUUCUGAUGACGGUGAAGAGGAGUCAUUACUUGCCCCCUCUGGUAAAAAGUUGAGAAGCGACUAUAAGAAGAAGAAGAGUUUUUCUAAACAGAAUGACAUGGAAUCCGAAAGUUGGAGUUCUAGUGAUUCUUAUGCAGAAAAUACAAAACGAAAUGUUCAAGCAGCUGAAGAUCAGGUGAAGAUGGAGGUUUCUCAUAAAGGCGAAACGACCAAAGCUGCUAAAGAAAGUAACUUAAGGCAGAUGGAUACAGAUAUAGAAGAGGCAGAAACAAUCCAGGGUCAACAUCUUUCUGAAGACGACUCUACAUCCAUUAUAUGGACAAAUACUUUCAUGCAGACUUUGCAGUCCAUUGUGGAGAGUCACGCCCUGGUAGAAAGUGGAGCGGAUGAGGUGGGUGAUACUCAUCGCAGCACUAUGAAAAAUAUCACUGUUGAGAUUGGACACCUGGACUUAGAUUCAAUUUCCGAUAGUGAUAAUAUGCAAGAAUAUAAGGAUGGAGAAGAAGAAUUGGAUGAUACGCACUUUAGAAGGUUACACGAGUUUUUGAAAAACGAAGAGAUUUCCAAUACCAUAGAUGUUCCAGUUAAAGUUAAUGCAGGAGAACUCUUACUGGUGCUUAUAAAAUAUGAAUUGGUAUGCUCACUCAGUUUUUCUGCAGUGUCCAGCUUAUUUAUACCAAUAAAUUGUAUUUUUGCUAGGCCCAUUCUACCACAGUUUAGAUUUUUAAUCGACAAACUGUUUAACCCUUCCAAUUCCGUAAAAUUUCAUGCUUUAUGUACAGAAUGUGGUUUCAGUUUGGGUAUAUUAGAACGGUCUGAUUCAAAGAAGCACUGUUUAUUAUGCAAUGUCGAUAUCAACGUUAAACAUUAUUUUUAUAAAGACUUUUUUGUAACGCUUGAUCCGUCAACUCAUAUUAAACAUUUUUUAGAGACGAACAGUGAUUACUAUCAUCGGAUUAUGAAUUAUAGCAGAAGCGAGGAUAAUGUACUCAGAGAUAUAUAUGACGGAAAACUAUAUCGGCAAUUCGUGAAUAGUUUGGACCCUGCGGUUAAAAAAAGUUACAUAUCUGUUACUUUUAACACGGAUGGAGCGCCUUUGCUUGAGAGUUUCCUAUUCGAUUUGGCCUAUUUACCUUAUGAUUAACGAAUUA